GGCUAGCGGGAUUGGGGCGGCGCCUUAGGCAGGAGUGAUCCAGGUCCGCUUUAGGCAGGAGUGAUCCAGGUCCGCUGAACCUUUUGCAGGGGCCGGGCUGGGAUUGCUCAGUCUUCUUCUGAAGGAGCCGAGAGGCAGUAUGGCUCUGAAGGGCGUCAGGGUCGUGGAGCUGGCUGGCCUAGCCCCCGGCCCGUUCUGCGGUAUGGUCCUGGCGGACUUCGGAGCGCAGGUGCUGCGCGUGGACCGGGUCGGCUCCCUCGGCGAUGUGAGCCAGUUGGCCCGGGGCAAGCGCUCGCUGGUGCUGGACCUGAAACGGGCGCAGGGAGCAGCCGUGCUGCGGCGCCUUUGCACGCGUGCAGACGUGCUUCUGGAACCCUUCCGCCGCGGUGUCAUGGAGAAACUCCAACUUGGGCCAGAGAUUCUGCUGCAGGAGAAUCCAAAACUCAUCUAUGCUAGACUAAGUGGCUUUGGCCAGUCAGGACGAUUCUCCAGGAAAGCUGGUCAUGACAUCAACUACUUGGCUUUGUCAGGUGUUCUGUCAAAAAUUGGCAGAAGUGGUGACAAUCCAUAUGCUCCCCUGAAUCUCCUGGCUGAUUUUGGUGGUGGUGGCCUCAUGUGUGCACUGGGCAUUCUGAUGGCUCUCUUUGAACGCACACGCUCUGGCAAAGGUCAGGUCAUUGAUGCAAACAUGGUGGAAGGAACAGCAUAUCUCAGUUCUUUUCUGUGGAAAACUCAAAACGUGGGACUGUGGCAACAGCCUCGAGGACAGAACCUGUUAGACGGUGGAGCGCCUUUCUACACGACUUACAGRACAGCAGAUGGGCAGUUCAUGGCUGUGGGAGCCAUAGAGCCCCAGUUCUACAGACAACUCAUCCAAGGACUUGGACUAAAGUCUGAAGAACUUCCCAAGCAGRUGAGCAUGACCGAUUGGCCGGAAAUGAAGAAGAGAUUUGCAGAUGUGUUUUCUAAGAAGACCAAGGCAGAGUGGUGCCAGAUCUUUGAUGGCAUAGAUGCAUGUGUGACCCCGGUGCUGACCCUUGAAGAGGCUGCCUGCCACGACCAUAACAGAGAACGGGGGUCCUUCAUGACUGACGAGGAGCAGCACGUGAGUCCCCGACCUGCGCCUCUGCUGUCCAACACCCCAGCCGCCCCUUCUGCCRAAAGAGACCCUUUGGUAGGAGAACACUCGGAGGAUAUACUUAAAGAAUUUGGGUUCAGCCAGGAGGAGAUUGACCAGCUACGUUCAGAUAGAAUUAUUGAAAGUAAUAAACCAAAACCAAAAGCUCAUCUCUAGCUUCUAGAUUCACAGUUCAAAUGCGUUUGAAUGGAGCACUUGCAAUGGAGAAUAAUACAUAGCAGUGUCUGCAUGGAAAUGUGGGAUGACGGUAAUGCCGUGAUCCAACUAUUCUGAUCAAGAAACAUGGAAGAUUGAUUACACAGUAACGGUUGCAGUCUGAAAAUUGUUAUCAGUAUAUUUGAUUUAGGGGUAUUUUACAUAUUCAUAUUAUCUUGUGGGAUUUUUUCUGCCUUCCAAUUUGCUUGAUAAAAUGUAUUUGUUGAUAUUA